AUGAAAUUGAGACCCAAUUAUUUUCAGUAAAAUGUUUCUGCAUAUUACAAUGAACUUUUACAAAAUAAAUAAGCAUCAAUAGUGCCCUAACUUAAGUAACUUGGUUGUAUCAAAGGCUAUAGCAGAAAAGCAAUUGAAAAUGUAUAGGAACUUUGA